AUCAGAGGCGGCGGAGUGGCGCGCGGCCAACCCCGAGCGGCGGGGGGCGGGGCCGCGGGGGGAGGGGGCAGGGCGCGAGGUAUCAUGGAGGAUCAGUAGGCAAACUGUGGCCGUCAGAGGAGAGCAGCACCGCGCUGAUCCCCGGGACUUUCUCAACUGUUCACCCGCGAUUUAAACACCACACACCGGACUCUGCAACAUGGACAUGAAGAAGAGGAUCAACCUGGAGCUGCGGAACCGGAGCCCGGCGGAGAUAGUGGAGCUGGUGGUUGACAACAGUCGCUCUGCAGACGGCGAGGUCGAAGGUCUGACGGAUGCGUUCACGGAGCUCGAGUUCCUCAGUAUGGUCAACGUGGGUCUGAGCUCGCUGGCUAAACUGCCCUCACUGCCCAAACUACGCAAGUUGGAGCUGAGUGACAACAACCUGUCCGGUUCUCUGGAGACUCUGUCGGAGAAAUGUCCCAACCUGACCUACCUCAACCUGAGCGGGAACAAGAUCAAAGAGCUGAGCAACGUGGAGGCGCUGCAAAACCUGAAGAGCCUGCAGAGUCUGGACCUCUUCAACUGUGAGAUCACGUCUCUGGAGGACUACAGGGAGAGCGUCUUCGAGCUGCUGCCUCAGGUCACCUACCUGGACGGCUUCGACCAGGAUGACAACGAGGCGCCCGACUCCGAGGCUGAGGACGAAGACGAGGACGGCGAGGACGGAGCGGGGCCGACCGGCGACUACGACGAGGAGGACGAUGACGAGGAGGACGAGGACGGCUCGGAGGGAGGAGAGGUGGGGCUGAGCUUUCAGGUGAACCGGGCCGAUCAGGACGACGAUGACGAUGAGGACGACUAUGCAGAGGAGGAGGAGGAAGAGGACCAGGCGGGCGUUCAGGGACAGAAGAGGAAGAGAGACGUGGACGACGAAGGCGAGGACGACGACGACGACGAAGACGACUAGUCCUCCAGCCGAUGUGUCGUCUGUGUGUCGUCCCGUCCUGUUUCUGUCCGUCUCAGUCUGACCCGACCUCCGCCAGACAAACAACAAACAAACAAACAAACAAACAAACAACAAACAGCCGGCGCCAGAGACAGCAGCAACAGGAACUGUGUGAUCUCAGAUAGUUUGUUUCCGUUUGUACUAGAAUCUCACGUCUUUAUUUUUAGAUAAUAUAUAAGAAGAUUUUAUCAGAACUUCACCCGCUGACGCCGGCUGAAGAGUCCACACGUGUCCCUUUAAACCUGCUGCAGGGCCCCAGUCUGUCCCCCGUCCUCGUCCUGAUCCUGAGCUCCGACCCCGAACGCCUCGCUGGACGUCUCCAGUCGAAACUAAAGUCCCGCCCCGCUGCCAUCUUUCAGAAAAGGUGUUGACUACAGAAUGAUGUCACUUCCUCUCCUCCACCGGACCAGAUUUCGGCGUCGUGUCUCCGCGCUCGACUCGGCUGCAGCUCCUGCUCGCAUCAGCAAGACGUCAGGUGUGUUUGGCCGACACUCGGGGGAAAAAACAAACUCGUGUCCAACAGCAGGCGGUGAAUUAACGAGCCGCCUGACGCAGCUUCCUGCUGGAGUCCAGUUCAGACCACAAGACUUCUGAGACCCAAACACACGGCUGGAUCUACGUGCCGCACACGCAUGUUUCCAUCAGGGGUAUUACUUACGCUUAAGCGAUAUUUUCGGAAAAUCGAUGUAACAAAACGUGGAGAUGACCGUGUUUCCACUGAGUGAUAUUGUGCGACAUCUCCUCUGGUGAUAACAUCCCAGUAACCAUGGCAACGGAUGCUCAAAACAUUAGCAGCUUCAUUUCUAUAGCAGCCACCGCACGAGCCGUCAUGAUUUCUGAUCCGAGGCCACGUAGGCGUGUUAUGGAGCCCUUUUAAAAUCGGAUUAAUAGCUGAAUUUCAACAGUAAAUCGUGAUCAGUCGCGUUUUUAAUCGCAUGUUUUAAAUUCCAUUAUUUUGGACUUUGAGUGUAAAUCUGUAGCGUCCUCGCUGUGAAGAAUGAACGAAACACGCCGCCUCAGGAACAAAAGACGUCGGGUCUUUUCGGUGAAUCAAGGCUGUCGCACUUGUUUUCAUCGUCCACGUGUUGUUGUGACUUCGUACGAAUUCUUCUUUCGGCGUUGCAUCUAUUCUGGAUUUUGGCUUUUUUUGGGGGGGGUUUUGGUACUCAAGAAUCGGCUCGCGUAACAUCGGUUUGAUCCAGUCGUCUUGUGAUUAGUGAACUGGCUCUGAGAUCAGUUGUGUUGUUUGUGUUUACGCUCAUGUUGCCAUAACAACGGUCUGCAGUAAGUCUUGUCUGAUCUGGACUUUUGAUUAAUUCGUACGAGCUUCAACCUGCCGACACAAACCUCCGUAAAUGUCUCCCAGCGCAGCCUCAAAGCACCGAAGUCUGGAUCCAUCGACGACACGCAGACCUGGAGUUUUACCUGUUUUUACCUCCGACGUCACGGAGACGAUCCCGCACAAACAGGAAGCGAAGAGCCGGCUGGUCUCUUAUCAUCCGUCCGUCCUGCCGAGCUUCUAACGGGACGGACAGACCGACCACACGUCCACCUGACCUCUGAAAAUCCUCCUUCAGGUUUUUCUCCCUGCAGCCAUAUCUGAUUCUGGACUCUGACCGGAGAGGACAGCGCCCCCUUCAGGACCUCAGUGUGUCUAACACCCAAUCAGGGAUGUCACGUGUUUUCAGGAUCUUCCAUCCUCCAUCGUGUUUUAACCCUUCGAACUGCGUAGUGAAGACUCUGCUGUCUCUGCCCCGUUAGAAACAUGCAGACCUGCUGUAGCUCAGGUCACAUAGAUCAUGAUCCCAGUGUGUGUUUGAUUUAUCGUAGGGAGUUUCCAGGGAAGAUUAGGGGGCGGGUGGGAGGAAAUAUUCGUUCUGAUGUGGUUUUUUUUGUCCCUGAUCUGCAGCUGUUGGUGUUUUUUUUUAGUUUGGUUUGUCUUCAAACUGCCCGUCCCCUCGUGAUGUUCGGACCGCCGCCGUGUGUCUCGCUUCCGGCUCCGCCUCCUGAAAAUGACCCCGAACCUCCAGCUGAUCCUGCAGCUCCUCCUCAGAGGAAACGCCCCACGCCACGCCAAAAACCUGCGCUGCGUUCAGGUGCUUCUCCAGUCCGACUGUUAAACAGCAGGCAGAAAAAUUGACCACAUUUCAAGUGGCUUCAAUAAAAAUGUCAAGAAAUUAAACUUUGAGUGAAGAAAUCAGAGUUCCCACAGUCCUGGAAAACCUGGAAAAGUUAUGGAAUUUCACGAUCAAAUUUUCCAGGACAGGAAGUAAUGGAUUUAGUAAAAACCAUUGAUUGUUCUGGAAAAAUCGAAACAUUUGUUGUUUGUAAUAACCUAAAUAACCCGACGGUGAAUUUAUUUUCUGUCUCUGAUGACGUAAAGUAGCUUUAAUAUGCGUCAAUAUGUGAAAACGUUUUUUAGUUUCUCAUCACAGAAGUUUCUUUUUUUUCUCUGCGAUCCAAAUCUUCCUUCAUAUCUGCCCAUGAGGCAUCGCUUAAAAACAUUUUAAGCAAAUUUUGCUUUAGGGGUGGGAAAAAACAAUGCUUGUUUUUUUUUUUGAAAAAUAGUUUUAUUAAAAAUCUAUUUUUAUAGAAAACCAUGUGGUUUCUUUUAAGAAAAUAGGUUUUGAAUCCAUGUUUUCUGUAAAAAUUGCCAAAAUUACAAUGCUUUAUACAACCAGAUAUUGUAAAAAUCAAGAAUUAUUGUUGAUUUUCACAUUUCUGGUGGUCCUUGAGCACAUCAUGGGGUCGCUGAAAACAUUUUUGAAUAGGUUUUGAAAUUUUUGGAUGAGUCCUUUCAGUUUUAAAAUUUUGUCUGUAAAAAUGCAGAAAAAAAUCAGACCUCUGUCCAAUCAGGUUACACCCUGUUGGUCACAUGACCCACGUGUCUAAAGAAACAUGUCAGCCGCCUGCAGGUCUCCAUUUUUACCGUAACGUCUGACAGAGGUCACCUGAACGCACCGUUGCAGUGGAUUAUGGGAAACUGAGUACUUGUUGCGUCGGAGGCGGAGCCUGAAACAGGGACACGCCUGUCGCGUCUGAUUCAGGUGUCGCUGCUCUGCGUGGGAUUCUGCAGCUACGCAGGCAGAAACUUUUUACUGUCGACUUUCUCUCCGGCUGUUUCAAACAGGAGCGAACCGACCUGACGUGAAAUAAACGAGAUCAGAAAUCAUCAAAUUAAUUGAUUAGGAUAAGAUAUGAUAAUCACACAUUAAUAAUGUCGAAAAAAAAGUAUGCAUGCUUCUCUGGUCAUUUAUCUCAGUCGGUUUGUUCGUCCUGAUGAACUUUGACUUUUAACUAAACUGCUGUAAAAAGUUUUAGCUUUUCUCUCGUUUACACUCUUAAAAAAACAACACACCACUUUUCAGCGCUUUGUCGAUGAUUCACCAUCGAAACAUCAAACGGCGAAGAAAAGGGACGGGCGUUUUAAGUAACUUCCAUGUUUCGAAUACUUGAAUUGAAUUUAUAUGCUCACGGGGAAAAAACAAACCUUGUUAUUAUACGGAAACAUGCCCUCCAAACCUGCGGGCCUGUGGCUUUGAAAGGCAUGUU